CGGUGCGGGAGCCGAGCGGCGCCGUGGGAGACGAACUGUGACCGCAUCUGUCGCCCUUCCUCUACAAGCUCUUUGAACUCUUUUGGACUCGUCUGUCUUUUAUUUUUUUCCCUUUAAUCCCAACGAAAAUCAAUGAAGGAGAGACGAUCUUGCCAAAAAUUAUCUCUGAAAUCCGGCAUGGAUCCCAGUCAGAGUAUUAAGUGUAAGAUAGUGGUGGUAGGGGACAGCCAGUGUGGGAAGACGGCGCUGCUUCACGUGUUUGCCAAGGACUGUUUCCCAGAGAGCUACGUCCCCACCGUGUUUGAAAACUACACAGCCAGUUUUGAAAUCGACACACAGCGGAUUGAGCUCAGCCUGUGGGACACCUCAGGGUCUCCAUAUUAUGACAACGUGAGGCCUCUCUCCUACCCGGAUUCUGACGCUGUCCUCAUCUGUUUCGACAUCAGCCGCCCCGAAACCCUCGACAGUGUCCUGAAAAAGUGGAAAGGGGAGAUCCAGGAGUUUUGUCCCAACACCAAGAUGCUGUUGGUUGGCUGUAAGUCAGACCUGCGCACCGACCUGAGCACAUUGGUGGAGCUGUCCAACCACAGACAGACGCCAGUCUCCUACGACCAGGGCUCCAGCAUGGCCAAGCAGAUCUCGGCGCCCUACAUCGAGUGCUCGGCUCAGCAGUCGGAGAACAGCGUCAGGGACAUUUUUCACGUGGCCACGCUGGCUUGCGUCAACAAAAACAGCAAGAACGUCAAGCGCAACAAGGCCGCCCGGUCCACCAAGAGGAUUUCGCACAUGCCCGGCCGGCCCGACCUGGCAACCGUGGCCUCGGACCUGCGGAAGGACAAAGCCAAAAGUUGCUCGGUCAUGUGACUGCUCAGAUUGGGACUAAGGAGGUCUUUAGACUGGGGGUGAGGAGGACUUAGCGCAGUGAAGGCAGGACAUAAAGGAACAAUCGGUGUCCUCUCCUGCACAUUAACAACCCCUUGUUUGUCCUGAGAUGGGGUUUUGUAUGCUUCAAUUCAUGUACAUGUUACUGGAAUACACUGCACCGAUAGAAAACGGACUCUUAAUGUGUAGUAGCUUCCCAAUCCCUCCGGCCCCCCCACCCCACCAGAAGAGGAAGCUAUCUUUCAACGGGCAGCACUCCCGGCUCCUGGAAGUGACACGCUUCCUCCGAGAGGAUGAGGAGGACGUGAUCGAGGCUUUCCACGCCGACGGGAAACGAGCAGGAAGAGUGAUGUCACCAGGAGCGGCUCAUUUUGUACAGGAAGGGCUUGGGAACAUGUGAUCGUUUGAACGGGAGCCAGAGCCGGCGAUGGGGCGUUCGCUGUCCGUGACUCUGCCCGAGCGACAACGGCGGCCAUUGUUUGCGCCGCAUCAAAGGCUCCCACAACUUGCCACUGUGGUUUUGGACCGAUUCCUUCUCACCCUUGCUCCUGUGAUCGUGAAUUUGUAUGUGGAUGCGCUCAAAAUAAGAACCUCUUAGUCCGCUGCGAGGUGACUGUUUGUCACGUUAUUGCCCCUGUCUCCGAUGUCGUCAGUAUAAUGUGAAAUCAUUGGUGUAGCUGCGUCAUUGUUUUAUUUUCGCAACCUUGCAAUGGGUUCCAGCCAAAAAAAAACAGAGUUUGAUCCUUUGACCUGGACUGUUCCACUCAUCAGAUCAUCAAAAACCAUUGUGUGCCCAUUCAUUUCACCUCAGAGGCUACAGCUGCUGAAAGGACCAGUGAUCAACAGGAUAUUUUUAAUCUGUUCAUGCUGGCAGGUUUGGCGACUCCCCUUUGUGUUACUUGGGUUCCAUAAGAAGGGAGGUUGCCUCCUGGCUAUGGAAAAUCUCAUUUGAUCAAUCAACGAUUCAUUAAAUUGGCAAACAAACUACUCCUGCAGUUAUGCAAGUUGGCCUUAAGGUCUAAAAUUGGUCAUAGAUAAACACAUAUUUGUCAUGAUUGCUCUGUUGUCAAAGAAACGUCUCUGUUGUCUUUCAAACAUCUUAAAAAAAACCCAAAAACUUUAAACCCCUGAACUAAAAAGCUUCAGUUGACUGAGAUCAGCUGAAAAAAAAUGAAGAAAAGGGAGCGCUUCCAGUAAGUUGGCAGACAUUUUCACUAGUGAACCAAAUUCAUUAUUGUUAAGCUCUGAAAACAUCUGACCUCCUGCACUGCAUUUUCCCUGAAGAGCUUUAUCACUGCUGUCGGGAAAGUCCACGUCACCGCAACGUUGUUUUUCUUCUUACGCGAGCUGAAAUACGGCACAGCUGUUUGUUGAGCAAGUUUCACGACCCCCAUGCCUUAGAGACUCAUUCAGAACAUUGCAUAAUUUUAAAAAGUACAUGGACUUCAAUGAGAAAAUUACUCAUUUCUUAAUUAUUGCAAAAAAAAACAGCAUCUACUUUCUCAAGACUUGUGGUUUUCCUCUGACAGCAGAGCAAGGAGCUGUUAAAAUAUCAAAGGUAUGGAUGCACUUUUUAAUGUAAUCUUAAAGGCUAAAGUUUUACUUGAAUACCCAGCAUGCUUCUUCAAAUAUCAGUGAUUUCAAAUUUUCCACAUCAGCAGUCCCACUAUUUUCCGCCUGAUGUUAGAUCCUCAUUUUAUAAUCUGUUGUGUUUCCUCCAUGUGCAUUAUCAUCCUCAACCUUUAUUGAAUGUCGUUCCUUUCAUAUGUUCCUACCAUUGUUGUUCCCUCAAUAUUUAUUGAAUUAUAUAUUUUCCCUUUAGAAUAAAUGCAAUCUUAAUUGA